UGUGUGUGUGUGUGUGUGUGUGUGUGUGUGUGUGUGUGUGUGUGUCUUUAAAAAUUCAGAUGUAACUCGAUCCCUAUAGGACAUAGAGAGAGGGAGGGCGAGAGAGCGAGAGCGAGGUAUCCCACAGUAACCACCUCCCCCAUCAUUUCCAAAAAUCGAGCGUCCAGCAGCACGAUCAACGCCGCCGCAGUCAUGCACGUUUUGCGCUGCGUGGAAGUCACUGUAAACAGAGCACAGACCUCCUCUUUCCACUCCGAUCUGGCAAGUUAGCGUGGCUGUUCACAUCGCUGCAGGCGUCAAGUCUGUUGAUCAAAAACGUCUCAACAUGGCUUUGGCUCUCACUCAGCAUGGCUUUUCGACACAAUCAAGUCCAGCUCGAAUCAUAACCGGAUGAGCGUGAGGCGCAGAUCACCUUAAUGAAGAUUAUAAGUAAGGUUGGGUGGCCAUGGAACCAUUCAGCCAGCUGAUCCUCACCAUCUCGGUGACCAGUUUCUUCACCUUCCAGUGGCUCUUCCACAGGGUCAGCCCCUGGGUGUCCAUACACAUCAGCCCCGGCUUCCCUGGGCUCACCAACAAGCAGAAGGUGGAAUGGAACUCAAGGACAGUUUCAACCUUUCAUGCACUGCUGGUCGGGCUUUUUUGUCUCUACAUCUUGUUCUUUGAUGAUGCCGUAAAUGAAGACCCUGUCUGGGGAGAUCCUACACUUGUGAAGAUUAAUGUUGCCAUCACGACAGGCUACCUCAUAUCUGAUCUGCUGCUAAUAUUUUACUAUUGGAGGGCGAUAGGCGACAAGUUUUUUGUAGUUCACCAUCUGGCAGCAUUGUAUGCUUACUACUAUGUACUGGGCCAAGGAACGUUGCCUUAUUUUGCUAACUUCCGUCUGCUUGCCGAGUUCUCCACUCCAUGUGUGAACCAGCGUUGGUUCUUUGAGGUGCUGGGUUACCCCAAGUCCUCGCGGCCCAACAUGGCGAACGGCGUUGCCAUGGCGGCAGUCUUCUUCCUGGUCCGCAUCGCCGUGAUGCCGGUUUACUACAGCCGCAUGUACGCCGUCUAUGGCACCGACGCUUUCUACCUGGUCCCCUGGGGUGGCCGUGUCGCCUGGAUCUGCUCCAGUAUCUGCUUGGACGUCAUGAACGUCAUGUGGAUGCACAAGAUCACCCGCGGCUGCUACAAGGUGCUGCGCUCAGGACGACGGAGCAAAGCCGACGCGCCUCAGGAGAACGGGAAGACGGACUAAGAGAACCAGGAGGCGUUCUGAGGGAACGCCUCAAUGGAGCCGAUACGAUGGCACACUUUGGUGUACCAGCGGGCACCACCUUCUUUCCCUGGCAGCAAACUUGAGAAGUCCUACAUCAAACCAUAGGUGAGAGGAAGAGGGAAUGUCUUCUCUCUGAAGAGCGGGAGCAGUGCACUGAUUAAUGUGAGCUGAUGGACCGUCACACUGGCCAUCUCUAAGCCAUCAAAUGGCCUAAUAGCAAUACUGUACACAUGGCCAGUUUCUUUCUUUUUCUAAAAAUUUACCACUCAAUGUGAGCGAUGGCCUGAACAAUGGGUUCUUCGAUCCCAAACACAACAUGUCAAAAGGUUUACCAUUCUUUUAACAGACGUUAGACAAUAAAUUGUUCCAGAAAGAACAUAACGGACCUCUUGCUUGAAUUUAGUUUUCUUUUCAUAUUAUUACUGCUGCCUGAGUCCCAGAGUUUGAAUUAUGUAAUGUAUACUUUGAUGACAUGUUCAUGACAAAACAAAAAAUUCCCGGGGACCUCGAAUUUACCUAGUUUUGGGAAAACCAUGAUUCCAACAACAAUGGACAGUGUCAUAUCCAAUCCAUCCAUUAUCCAAACCGCUUAUCCUGCUCUCGGGGUCGCGGGGAUGCUGGAGCCUAUCCCAGCAGUCAUUGGGCAGCAGGUGGGGAAGCACCCUGGAGACACCCAGGCCGCCAGGCCAUCACAGGGUCCACACACACACACACAUUCACACCUAGGGACAAUAUAGUACGGCCGAUUCACCUGACCUGCAUGUCUUUUGGACUGUGGGAGGAAACCGGCGCACCCGGAGGAAACCCACGCAGACACGGGGAGAACAUACAAACUCCACGCAGAGGACGACCCAGGACGACCUCCCAAGGUUGAACUACCCCGGGGCUCGAACCCAGGACCUUCUUGCUGUGAGGCGACUGCGCUAACCACUACACCAACCAUGUCGCCCAAUGCCAUAUCAUGCUUCUCAAAUGCCUGUUGGGGGUGAAGGGCCCAGCACCCAGUUUCACUCAUGAAAUCCAGAGAACAGGGACUGGAUUGCAAUUUGGGAUUUAGGCAUUUGGACAUGACUGGAUUACAUCGAGCACGAAUGACAGAAAAGGAGUAGGCCUGACUGAAACGAAUGCACUCAUCACUUGCCUACAGUCAUCCAGAUAUUCUCUUCAACAGCCAGUCUCGGAGAAGUUUGCUGAACUACAUCAUGCGUGUCCCUACCUCCGACGCUCUUAUAUGGGGAAACUUGAAUACUGUGGCGAUGAAAGAGCAUCAGCAUACUCUAUAUGUAGUUCUUUCCUGUUUGUCCAGAUGGAGUCACAGGAAAAAAUUGUUUUUACAAAGACUCAGGCAGUUACAGAUGUCCGUUUUUAAUCAAAAGGAGACCGAUGUGCAAUUCUCUGGUAUCUUGUACCUUUGGGUCAUGAGGCUGAUCCGGUGGUCCGAUGAUGAGAAUUCUGAAAGUGCGAUUGAAUGUCAACAUUGUGUUUGUAUACGGAGUUAAUGCAAGAAGUGCUCGACCAAGACCGAUUUUACCGCAACAAUUUGAACGGGCUUCAUACAUCCACUUGGUGUUAAAGUGUAUACAGUCGGAUAUCUCAUGUAACGAACAUACAAAUCACAAAAUGUCAGUGUAUGCACCCCCAGUACGGACUCUGUAUUUUCGACAGGGACUCGGCAUUACUUUUUGCAAAAUUGUGCAACGCAUGCUCCGGGGUGAAACUGAGUUUAAGUGCUGUCUCAGAAUCUGCGUCGUAGAUCCCAGGUUAUAAUAUAUUCCAAAACUGCAAAAAAAAUGAAAUAAAAAUCCUCAUCUCACGUUAUCAAUUGCUUUGCAUAACACAUUCUUCUGUUAUGUCAGUACUUCUAAAUAGGCCUGACGUAGGUACUGUCGGGUACAUGCUGUCACUUCUCCCCCAUGCAAUGUUCACCGGUUAGCUGCAUGCUCUUUGCUGUUGUUUGUUUGUUUGUUUUUUAAUUGUUAUGUUGAAUAUUUUGGAUGUUUUAGCAAGCAUAUUCAAUUUCACUUCAGAGUCAACAUCUGGAGCUUAGAUGUGAAAAUCUAAAUAAAAAAAAAAAACCCCGACUUUAAAGAUGCUUCUAGAUGACAAACGAUCGCUGCGUUUCUCUAAAACAUGUUUUGUGGGCGUCCGGGUAGCGUAGUGGUCUAUUCUGUUGCCCACCAACAUGGGGAUCGUCUGUUCGAGUCCCUGUGUUGCCUCCG